UUGAAAGUUGAAACCCCCAAUACCCCAAAAUCCCAAAUUUCCCAAAUACCCAAAAAAUAAAAAUGAGACCAAACUUGGCCUUCGGUUCCUCCACAGAUACUGCCCCCCCUUUACCCACACAAACCUUCGGACACUAAAAACAAACACUACAGAGAGUGACAGUGAGAGCAAUCCAGAUGGUGGAGACAGAGGCUGCUGGCUGAUCUAUGUCCCAUGAUUUUCUCUGUCUCAGACUCUGUUUGAGGUUUUGUGGGUGUUUUGUGAAAGGGGGUGUGGUGGGUUUUGAGGAAUAGUUGCAGAGAAACUGGUGGUGGUGGUGGGGGGCGGCGGCGGCGGCGGAGGAGACUGGUUAUUAUGAAUAGCAGUGGUGGUGUGGGUGAGGAUGGGGGUAGGACAGUGGUAUUAGGGGGAACAGCAGCAACAGCAAGUGGAAUGAUGGGGAUGAAUAGGUCACCUUUCACAGUGUCACAGUGGCAGGAGCUGGAGCACCAGGCUCUGAUCUUCAAAUAUAUGAUGGCAGGUCUGCCUGUGCCACCUGAUCUUGUACUCCCUAUUCAGAAGAGCUUCGAGUCCAUUUCUCAUAGGUUCUUCCAUCAUCCCACCAUGGCUUAUUGUUCAUUCUACGGGAAGAAGGUGGACCCAGAGCCUGGAAGAUGCAGGAGGACUGAUGGCAAGAAAUGGAGGUGCUCUAAAGACGCAUACCCGGACUCCAAGUACUGUGAGCGCCACAUGCACCGUGGCCGCAACCGUUCAAGAAAGCCUGUGGAAUCUCAAACAAUGACACAGUCGUCGUCCACUGUGACAUCUCUUACUGUUACCGGAAGCAGCAGCAGCAGCGGAGCUGGAAGCUUCCAUGGCCUUCCGUUGAAUCCCUUGAGCAAUUCUCAGGGCACUGCCACUGGGACCAGCCAGCCUCACUACCCGUUGGACUCCAUUCCCUAUGGAAUCCCAAGCAAAGAUUAUAGGUAUCUUCAAGGGCUUAGACCUGAGGCUGGAGUGCAUAGUUUCUUCUCUGAGGCAUCAGGAAGCAGUAGGGCUGUUCAGAUGGAUCCUCCAAUGGACAACACAUGGCCAAUGAUGCCAUCAAGAUCCCCGUCUUUCCCGGCAUCGAAAUCGAGCGAUAACUCUAUCUUCCAAAGCGGAUAUCCGCAGCAUUCGUUCUUCGGUGGCGAAUUUGCAUCUGGAGAAACUCUGAAACAAGAAGGUCAAUCCCUUCAGCCAUUCUUUGACGAGUGGCCGAGAGCCAGGGAGUCGUGGACUGGACUCGACGACGAAAGAUCCAACCAAACUUCCUUCUCCACAACGCAGCUCUCGAUAUCAAUUCCAAUGGCUUCGUCCGACAUGUCAACCACGAGUUCAAAAUCUCCUCAUGAUAAUUGAAAGCAGCAUAUGAUGCUUUGAGAAAAUUUUCAAGUUUUAUCUCUCAGAAACUUCGAUGCCCAAAUUUUGAAAGCUAGUUCGUCGUUCGCAUUCGGUUUAUGCGAGCGAGCGUGCGGGUCGUUGGAGAAUUCUGUUGUAUUCUUGUCUUCUUGUCCCUUUGCAGCUCUGUUUUUAUUGGGUUCUAAACACUUUGUUAUGUUAUGUGUAAACAAUUCAGAAGCUGAAUGUUGUUAGGUAUGGAAUAAUACAGAACUAUGGUUUUAAAGUUUAGAGAAAAUUAAGAUUACAAUGAGGAUUUGUAGUAACA